AUGGGCAGCAGACCCCGCAGCCCCAGCGCCUAUCCAGCACCCUGGUGGGUCCAACCGCCUGGGGAACCACACCCUGCCAAGCGCCUACGAUCCCAGGAACCUGAAGGCCCCGACUUCGAGAUGGCGCCCAGCCUGGAAGACCUCACGGGACCCCAGGCCGCAGGCGCGGUCUCCUCCGUGGUGGUCCUGGCUGCAGGCUGUGCCUUAAAGGUGCCCCUCGACGAUGUCGACCUGGUGCUAGAACCCGAGCCAACGUCGGUCCUGCAGGUGUCUCUCGGAGGGCACACCCUCAUGCUGGUUCCCGAGGCCCUCCUUGGUUCUGGCGACCAACAUCUCGGAGGGCAGGGCCGCUUUCCUGUCGGCCUAGAACCUGGUGCGUUCCUGGGAGCUCUGGGAGAAGUUGUUGCUAUCGAGCAGGAAUUCUGCGCCUGUUCCCCAGAGAUCGCCGCCCAAGAGGAGGUCUACGACGAAGACGAUGAUGACGAUGAUGACGACGACGACGACAACGAGGUAGACCCUGAGCUCCCGCCUCCUUGGAUGGACCAUGCAGCUGACCCAGUGGUUGGGCUCCGCCCUGUGGCUGCUGGGGUGUCUAGCCCCUUCCCUCAAGGCCUCAUCCUAGAGCCCUCGACUUGGGCCCCCACCCCUAGUCCAGAGAGACGCUCUCCUGGCCCCUACUUCAGUCUCAAGCUGCGCCUGCUAGAGCCUUUGCCCAACUCGCCACUGCAACCUCUACCACCAUCUCCGAACCCAAGUCCCCAAGGGUGCCCCCAGCGCCCUCCGGGUCCUCACCCCAAGGCCCGGAGACGCCUGUUCCUGGAUUGA